AUGGAGCGGCCGCGCAGAUGGAGAGAGUUCAUCGUCGGCUUCUUGCUUGCUGGGUUGCCGGUGCACGGGGUGCUCAUCGCCUUGACUGUGUUGGCCGCGGACUGGUGGGAUGGAUUUUCCAAUGUGAUAGCCAUGGGAAUUUCAGUGGUAGUGCGAUGUAUAAUGGUAGCACAAAAUCAGGCCGGCAUCGAUGCGAAAAUCCGGAAAGCACAAGAAGCAGCCCCAAGUUACCCGGCUAAGAGAGCCAAGUAUGACGAGUCAAUGAAGAGACCCGAGAGCCUUUGCCAGGAGGGACGAGCCAUGGAGGAGGUCAAAAUACCCAUCGAGCCUCAAGACCCAAACAAAAUUGCCAAGGUGAUUGUGUUGACAGAGGACUCGAAGGUCAUCACUCUUGCAGUCCCCGCGUAUCUGCCGAAAUUGGCAUUUGCAGUCAAUCCCCAGCCACCGAACCGAUACAUGUAUCAGGCGUGCCAAUGGAUAGGGUGGGUCGAUUUUGCGGUGCAUGUCAUCAGUUCGGAAAGGCAGCUUUGUACACGCAAAUUGUCUCAGUGGUGGUGA